UUGUUAACCAUAUGACCGGUCUUUCUCUCAUAAAGUUGUGUUCUUGUGCUAAAUCCUACUCUGAUCAGCUCCAUUCAGCAUGGUCAGUGGUUACGGAUGAUGAGAGUUAGAGUCAAACAAAAGCAGAAAUACUGCAAGUUUCUCAUCAAGUUAUCUUUUUUUAAAAAAAAAAGAAAAAAGAAAAAUUUGGAUUAUGAUAAGCAUUGUGUAUUUGGGGUUGUCCCCUCCCCCCUUCUGUCCAUUUUUUUCAUUUAAUGGUCCAUUUUUUUUCAUUCAUACUCCUUAGUAUUUGUUUCUUCAGGUUCCAAUAGAAGAGGGAGACUGCCUCUCCUGGUAUGCCCCACGGAGGACCUUACGGUCUACAAAUAAUAACAGCUUGGAGAUGCCAGGCCCCAGGGAGAUUAGGCUGGCCUUGAUCAGGGCCAAGGCCUUUUCAGCCUUGGCUCCCGUCGGGUGGAACUCUCUGCCACAAGAGACCAGGGCCCUGCAGGACAUCUUUCCGCAGGGCCUGCAAGACGGAGCUGUUCCACCAGGCCUUUGGUCAGGGCUCAGCCUGACUCCCAUUCCUGUUUUGUAUAAGAACUAGUAUGAAAGAGGCCUUCCAGCAUUCUCACAGGCCCAUAUAAGAAUAGCGUAAACAGUUGGGUCUGAUGAACAUUUACUGUUCCCAAUCCCAAUCCUGCAGAAAGCCAUCUAAUUAGAUUUUAAUUUGAUCCUGACUUGUUUUUAGGAGGUAAUUUAAUUAUUGUUUGAUUUUAUACCAAUGUUAUAUAUUUGAUGUUAGCCGCCCUGAGCCCAGUCUCGGCCGGGGAGUGUGGGAUAUAAAUAAGAUAUUAUUAUUAUUAUUAUUAUUAUUAUUAUUAUUAUUAUUAUGUGACUUGCAGUAUGUUUAAGUUGCCUUUAGCCAUGGUGUCAUUAAUACAAAGGAAUUUGCAUCUGCUUAUGUAGCUAAAAUGGAAUGGUAGGCAGAAUUAAUCAGUCAAUCAGCUUAAGUGGUAUUUGUUCUGAUGAUUUUAUAAGCUUUUUUGUUUUCUAGGUGUUGAAAAGCAGGGAACAUAUAUUGUAAGAAGGAGAAUUCCAGCAAUUCGAUCCAAAGACUUUACUGGUCAACUAUGUAAAGCUAUUAAAAGUUGUCUGAUGAGAUCAAGUGCUCUAGUAAAUUUGGAACUACAGGGACUGCUUUUGAGGGAAAAAGACUUAAUAUUACUGACAAAAUGAUUUGUCAGAGUGUGAAGAAUUCACCUUGCAUCAAAACUAUAGAUUUUACAGGGUGCAGUUUGACAUGGCGAGGAACCCAACACAUGGCCAACAUUUUAAAGCACCAAGCACUGAAAAGACACAGUGAAGCUUGGGCUGAGAGCCUGCGCUAUAGGAAACCUGAUUUGGACUGCAUGGCUGGCUUAAGGCGCAUUACGCUCAACUGCAACUCACUUAUUGGUGACCGAGGUGCUACUGUUUUAGCUGAAUGCCUUGGAGAAGACCUAUGGUUAAAAGCACUUGAUUUGCAGCAAUGCGGAAUUACCACUGAGGGAGCUAGAUCACUUUUGGAUAUAUUUGAAACCAACAAAACAAUUGUGGUUCUAGACAUCAGGAAAAAUCCAUUAAUAGAUCAUGCUGAAAUGAAGAAAAUAAUUGAAAAAGCUUUGAUGAAUGCAAAUGGAAGGAACAUGGAGUAUAAGUGGCUUCCAUCUCCACCCUCAAAAGACCUUAAAAAUAAACCUAAAAAAAGAACAGUUGUCUUAGGAAAUGGCAGAAAAGGAAAAGCUACUAUUCGUAUUGGAUUUGCAUCAAAAAAGCCCUUAAGUCCUAGUAAGACAAUGUUGUGUGAUCAAGACAGCUAUGUUCCAAAGCCCUUGCCUCCAGGAGCACGUGGCUUCCUGCCUUGGCGUACUGCUGAACGUGCAAAACAGCACAGGGCUGCAUCUAGGAAGAUUACUCAUGAAUUUCCAUUGCAAAUCCAGGCUGGCAUUCCAGUGAAAGUAACUGUGGAAAGUGUGUCUUCAUCUGAAACGGAGACAGAUGGCGCUGCAGAGGAUGUUAUAUGUGAAACUGAUGCCACAAAGUCACCAGAAAUAAAGUUAAAACAGUACCAUCAGUUACAGAUGGAUUAUGAAAAAUGUCAAUUAAGAUUAAAAGAAGAACGAAGAGAGAGGGCAACUGCUGAAGAACGGAUAACGGAGCUGGAACUAGAAAACACCCGCUUACGGAAUCUAAACUGCUCUUUGUCAGAGGUCCUCCAUGCACAGUCAGUAGCCAGCACAAUUCUUGAAGAUGAAGGUGUUUUGGGUAGCAUUGAGAGUUCUUUCCAAAAGUUUCAUGCUUUUUUAGAUCUUCUAAAAGACGCAGGACUUGGACAGCUUGCAGCAAUGGCUGGUAUAGAUCAAUCAGAUUUUGGUUUAUUUGCCCAUCCUCAAAUGACUUCUACUGUAGCUAAACCAGCAGUAACAGAAAGGGAGAAGUCAUUUGAAGAAGAAAGACAAGAACACAUGGAGAAUUCCAAAAAUGCUGGUUCAGCUGUUCUUCCUGAUCCUAUCUCCUUCCAGACUGAUUUAGCUCCAUUUCAAAUUGCAAAUAAUGUCCUAGCUGCUACAACAGAAGGACAAGAACUCCAGGGCAUUGGGCAGCCCAAGAAAAGUUUAUGGCAAGACUUUGAAGGUAAGGUUGAAAGUUUGAGAAUGGAAGAAAAUGCAUCAAAAAUCAGCCAGGCAGCGUCUUCUGAGAAGAGCAGCCAACCUGUGGAACUGGAAGCAAGAGGGUCCUCUGUAAGGCAACGAGUUGCUAGUUGGCAUUCAGUCUCUGAUCCCAGUGCAAAUGUGUAUAGCAGCAAAUUCAGCAAUCUUUCUAGUGAAAAUGGUAAAGUUUCCUCAAAGAGACUUCCCUAUACUGCAAGCUUUGUUGCUGGAGAUCAAAGUGUACAUCAAGCAGACCUUUCUAGAAAUGACACAGUAGGUUCCGAUUCUGAAAUACAAGAAAGCAUCCAUUCUAUGGGAGGUAUUUAAAAAAACAAAACAUUACUAUUGGGUAGUUCACUUCAUGGGUCUUGGAGAUAAAUGCAUGCUUCAAAAACUUUAUGCAGCACUUUGUGUGUCUAUGUCAUGCCUAAUUUCUUGCAAUGUAAAUCUUAGCAAGAAUACUCGCUGGCAGUAUCCAAAAGGAUUGUGCGUUUUACUUUUUAUAUUGUUUUAUAAAGGAUCCCGUGUGAUUCCGAUAA